AUUGUUUUGGAGCGGACAUAGGAAUAUUGCUGCAAUAUUGCAGCAAUAUUUUCUGCAAUAUUCCAAUCUUGCAAAAUAAUAUUUCUGCAACGUUGCAGCAAUAUUUCAUGCUGUAGGGGAUUCUAUACACACUGUAUGUCCAAGAUUUGGAUAGAUAUUGCCAAAAGGAAAUUAAUAUUUUACAAUAUGCCGACGAUGUCUGUCUCUACUCCUCCCAAUUCUCGGAGAACGGAGGAAUCAGGGCCCUUGAGGCUUCAGUCAAAAGAAUUAAUAUAUUCCUGUCACAUAUUGGACUAUCCCUUUCUCCACAAAAAACGCAAUUUUGCGUUUUUAAGAAAACCCGUAUUAAAAGCUUCUCGAUGGAGGUUUCAGGCUUAGUCCUGUCUACGACAAAAGUAACCUUUUUAGGUCUAACAUUCCAAGCUAAUUUAAAAUGGAAUGCCCAUGUCCUGAAAAUAGAGAAAAAGUGCCUAAACUCUAUAAAAACUAUUAAUUAAAUGUAUGGACCGAAAAUAGUGGGGAUCCGACCCAAAUAUUCUUAAAAGAAUUUAUCGUGCCCUAAUCAGAUCUCGCAUUGAAUACGGGGGUUUUCUGUUACACAACAUCUCUCAAGAUCUCUCGAAUAGAUUAGAUAAGCUCCAAAUGAGAGCUUUAAGAAUUGUAAUGGGAUAUAGAAACUCUACUCCACUUAAUGUAAUUCUUACGGAAGCACGCGAGCCCUCUCUUUACUACAGAAUAAAAUAUCUGGGUCUUAACUAUAUUACACGAAUGAACACUUCUUAUAACCAUCAGCUGAAACACACAAUUAGAAAAUUGAAUGAAACUCCACACCAACAGGUGUGGUCACCAGUUAGAACUCCACUCCUAACAGCAUAUAAGGAGUUUUCCAAGUAUGUUGAAUGAUUCCCAAGUAGAUCUACCCCCACAUGCUAUCCUUCCAAUUACGAAGCAAUUUUCUUCCUCCCUGAGGUGGAUGAAGUCAGUGGCUAUGAGAUCGCUCAAUCUAAAAACUGCACAAAUACAUUUUUAAAAAUAUUUCAAUCUGAAUUAAAAUUUACACAAUGUAUUUACACAGACGGGGCGACAUCGGAGAACGCUGUUUCAUCCGGCUUCGCAGUUAUAUCGGGAUCAGGAGAAGUAUUGGGUGUAUAUAGAACCGCGGGAUUUGUCUCAUCCUUUUGUGUCGAGGCCAUGGCUAUUCUGGAAUCUUUAAGAAUCAUUCGGAGUAAGAAAUGGAAAGCUGCUACAAUUUUUUCGGACUCGAAAUUAACUAUUUCAGCUAUUAAAGCUGAAUUCAAACCAAAUCAUAGCUCACACAUCAUCUUGGACAUAAAGGAUAAUCUUUGGAACCUAAAACAAGAGGGCUUCUCUGUGAAACUCGUGUGGAUUCCGAGUCACAAAGGUAUCCCGGGAAAUGAAAGAGCUGAUAUCGCUGCCAAGCAAGCCAGGGCAAAGGUCAAACAACGACAUCCCGAUAAGAGAGGCUAAGAACUUGUGGAAAAAAGUUACUCGACAGGAGUCAGAAAAAUGGUGUCGAAAAGAAAGUCAGUUUCGAAGAUCAUAUUAUUUUACAAAUUUUGAGACCGCGAGCAACCAUUCGUGGUUUGACACAUAUAAUCUCAGGAGAAGAAUUAUCACGUCUAUAAAUAGAUUAAGACGUGGACAUACUUUUCUGCAUGCCAGUCUUUUCCGCUUCCUCAUAGUAGACCUGCCUGACUGUCCUUAUUGUGGGGAGGACGAAACUCCGGAACAUGUCUUUUGGUCGUGCUUUAAAUACUCUGAACAGAGACUCACCCUUUUAAAUGAUUUAUCAAAGGUCUUGGGUUUCGGACUAUAUUCGCUUGAGUAUCUGUUGUCUCUUCCUUCAUCAGAAAUCUUAUACGCUUUAGAAAAAUUUAUAGGCUCCAUUCCAACUUGUUUAUGAAGCCCAUUGAGCUCUGCUUUUAUUUAAACCAACAAAAAAAAAGAGAGAGAGGAAAAAAUUAAAAAAAAAAACUAAUUAAUAAUUAAAGAUAGGUUUUUAUUUCAUAACUAUAGGUAAUUAUCUUUGUAAAUCUCCAUUGUAUCAUAAUGUACAAACUUGUUAGAAAUCUUAUUUUUAAGUCUUAGUUGUUUAAGCUAUAUAAAGUUUAAUUUCAAGAUUCGUCUAUUCUGUUAGCAGAUAAGAAUUAGACAUCUAAAAACUUUAAGUCUAGCUUAAAUGAUAGUGAGAUGUAAUCAAAGAAAAUUCCAUUUUAUUGUUUGUCUUAGAGGCUUCUUUAUUUAAAUUUCCCGCGGAAGUUGCCGACAUGGUCGACAAAUACACAAACGCCACUCAUCGGCGUCACCUAGAAUUAGUUCACUCUAUACAUAUGGGUGUUUACUGUAACGUCCCAGCGUCCGGAAAAUUUUGUCCAAAAGUUUUCUCGCGAAACUUGUCCAGAUGCAUGCGCGCUGAGUUACCUUACUCAGUAAUACGUUUCUAUGGCUCAUUCUUACUUUCGUUUAAGUCGUCAUUAUAUAAUAAUAAGUCAAAUAUUAAGCACUUAAUCGUACUUUAAAAUUACGUACAUAUAUAUAUAAAAAUCAUAUAUUACAUAUAUGUAUACUUUAAGUUAUCUAGCAUUAUUUUAACUCUCUUAUCGGUACGAACGCAUAGGCAAUCGGAUCGUUUAAACUUCUAAAUUCUUACUCUCGUAUUGCUUAUGGGUUCGUCGAGGAUUAAUUAACUGUAAGAUAAAUAAGAACCGGAUAUUUGUAAAGGCCCUUGCACGUGCACUGUCGGAUGAUUAAAGAAAUGAUAUCUCGUCAACUGAAUCCUCAAAGAUUCAAACGGAACGGUUCUAAAACAAAUCUGCUAUUAUCAACACGACGGCGACAGGAUGUCGCGCCUAAAGAAAUACAAUACGAAAUUAAUCCGCGUAAUAUCCGGACUGCGUGUCGGAAGAUCAGGUGAACCAUAGCUAGGCAUUUAACAUAAACAGUUCGUAAGAUAUAUCCAUUUCACGUUGGCGACGAGAUGUCGCGCCCAAGAAAUAAUUAAGAUUGAUAAACCGGCGAGAUAUUUGGUAGUGAAAGCGAUCCUAGCCGAAAAAUAUCCCGGAUCAAAUGAUCGACGAAAUCCUAGAUGAGAUAUCUCCGAUAAACAUCCGCACACGUGCAAACGGUCUCACGCGCCUUAUCAGCGACCCCCGAAACUCGGUUCCCGCCAAGCCGCCGAAUCACUCCCACUCUUACCGACUCUUGCGCUUCGCGCGUGUUCCCUACUCCGGAGCGCUAGCGGCCGCUGAGCGCAGCGCCGAUUUUGCUCGAUCCCUUUGUCCGCGCCCUAUUUAAAUCCGCGCACAGACGCCGGAUCAUUCAUUCAUAUUCAUUCAUUCUCUCAUUAUUUUUCGACACUCGUUCAGUACUAAUUCAGCGAUUAAGUCAGUCAUUAGUUCUCGGUCACUCUUCAAUCUCCAAGUUAUCUGCAACCUCUCUCGUACAGCUUCGCGAUCAACUCAUUGUUAAUUAAGUUAACCAGUGCGUGCUCCGACAGACUGCUACCACCAACAUAUCUCUGCGACCAUCUUCAACUGUCAAACCACAUCAAUCAUUUAAUUAUUAGUGGACCAAACUAUUGCUUCAAACCAUAUUAUAACUCGUGAGUACUAAUUAAUUAUUGUUUACUAUCGCUCCCUAGAAUAUUUUCUGAAAUUGAACUGUGCCAUAUUAUAAAGAAUCCUUUCGAUAAGGAUUAAUUGUCGACUUCAUUUUCCAAAUAAUUAUAAACAACUCCUCUAGGUACAACCCUCUCCCCUCCCUUGUGCCGCGAUGAAUUCCACAACACCUAAAACCAUCAAGAAAAAUCGCCACCGCGCUGGGAAAAAGAAAAGAGCAAAAAUCCUCAAGGCUCAACAAAAAGCCCUAGAGCGGGCUUUCGAGGAGAUUGAGAAUUUCGUGGGCUACCCGCUGGAACACACCCCCCUUCCUCCUCCAGUCACAGACGCUCCGCCAGGAAGAGCAAUCUCUUCCUUUGAUCUGUUCCAAGAAGACACCGUCCCUUUGGAAAACUAUAACCAGUUAACGUCUAACGCGCCCGAAAUAAUCACGCUUAGCGAUUCCGAUCACGAUUCUCCGGAGUUGGAACCUUUAGAUCCAACUGCGGAAUACCAUAGCGAUGCAGUAGCGCAGAUUAUUAUAUUUCCGCCAGAGAAUUAAAUAAUACAUGUAAUAAUCCUAUACGUUGUUUUAUUAAUAAAUAUAUACAUAUAUAUAUAUAUCCAGAUUCAUUAAUCUUAACUACAUCAAGGUCAUACUAACCAAAUCCUACAAGGUUUUCCAUCGGCAACAAGCUCUCGCCAUACCCGGGUAGAGUUCGUGUAAGCGGGCUGCCCGAAAUUUGAAAGGAGAGCUCCCGCGUCGGUCAGGCGACCGAGGCGUCGCGACGCACACAUUGAGAAGAAAUAUCCCUAGACCCGGACGUUACAUUACGAUAAUGGCUAUCUGAGUA